AUGGAGUACUAUUCUUCUUCACAGUUCCCCUUCUCCUAUCGGGACUAUUUAAUGUUUCUCUUCCUUCGACCCCUUCUUGCCGUCUCUUUUGCACUCUCCUUACUCUUCGUCGGUUGGUUUUUGGCCUGGAAGCUAGUGCUGGUGCAUGUACCUCUGGUUCAAGAGAUUUUUGAAUUCCUCUUAGUGAAGAUCAUAAUUAUAGAAGCUUUGGAGAAUUCACGACUUACAAUCAAGAUACUGGACAAUAUGGUUGAAGAUUGCCAGUUUAACAGGUUUACUGUACAUAAGAGUAGUUGGUAA